AUGCCAAGAGCAGGUGAACCACAAGAUGACCUUCCUAGUAAAGGUGACCAGAUUGAACCGCUAAAAUUCAUGCAAAACAUCUGCAGGAAACAGAGAGACCAAAUACAAGAAUGUGUUAUGUUUGAAGCCAAGGCUGGGCAUCUAAGACCUGUGAAAAUGAGCUGGAUAUCACUGUCUGUCAUUCUUUUCCUUUUUACCCAUGGGAAGAUCACGGCCGGAACCCCUCUCUCCAUCCCCAGUCAGGACACCUCUCUUCCAGAAAAGGUCUCCUGUUUUUCUGGAAAGCCCAUAAGGUCUUCAGACAGUCUGUACCUGGGGAAUGGAGAUGGAAAGAACGUUCUGCGCUUGGAAUUCCAGCUCUCGGAUUUAACAAGUAACCUGUCCUCCUUUGAUCUGCGAACUUAUGACUCAGAAGGUGUAAUUUUCUAUGGGGAUGUUGGGAAGGGUAACUGGUUUGUGCUUGGAAUACGAGAAAAGAAGCUGGAGGUUCAGAUGAGCAACAAUCAUGGACAGAUGGUUUUGUCCAAGUGGGGUCCUGAUGUGAGUGAUGGCAAAUGGAGAAAGGUGACCGUGGACAGCAGUAUUAACACUAUAGAAGUGAGAGUGGAUGGAGAGGUGGUGGUACAGCUAACCCAUCACGUGAACACCCAGUUAUCAUCUCCCGAUCACUCCACACUUGCCAUAAUCCUGGGUGAUCUACCAACUGGGAGCAACCUCCAACUUUUCAGGCCGCUGCAACCUACUUUGGAUGGGUGCAUGCGUAACUGGGCCUGGGUGAAGAAGCACACGCAGGCCCUGGAUGCUGCCAUGGUAGAAAACGAAAACCGGCGGUGUUUUGACAAGGAAGAGCCUGGCUCAUUUUUCCCAGGCCACGCAUAUGCCAUCUUUAAACCAGACGCAUUUCAGUCGAUGGACAAUGAAACAUGGGGGCUGUCUGUCAAGGUCUCGUUCCGAGUCAUAGACCAUGGUGGAGUUCUGUUGGCAUUAUUUGGAUCUGGAAAUGCCAAAGCAUUAACAAUAACCCUGGACUGGGAGAAGCAGGUUCUGUUUGUUGCCGUCUUUGAGAAACUCACGGGCUCUGUGAUGUUUCCAGUGGAUUUGUGUCCGGGACACUGGCAUUCUGCUGAUAUCCUAAUCCAGUCAAAUCAGAUGGUUCUCAAAACAGCAGAGGCAACAUCAUCGUGGAAUAUUGACCCUAUAGAUUUUAAGGCCUUGGAAGAUAAAUGGUUUGAUCCUACUACAGAGAUUAGUGUUGGAGGCUUUCCAGAACAUUCAGUUAAACAGGAACCACGUUUCUCCGGAUGUCUGAAGAUAUCUCUUCAAGGCAAAGACUUAGACCUGGACACAGCUCAUUACAAACACCCUCAUGUCCGCAGCCACAGCUGUCCCCUAGUGUUAUAGAAAAGAAAUAAA